AUGAAGGGCGCGGCGCGGCGGCUGGCGGCCGCGGUGGAGGCCCUGCGCAACGGCGGAGGCUCCGCCGCGGAGCAGCAGAAGCAGCAUCAGGAGCUGGUGCAGGCGCUGAUCGCGCUGCAGCGGCUGUGGAAGCCCGAGCUGCUGGCGACGCCCAGUCCGACCAAGAAGCGCGGCGCCAAGACCAACGCGGCGCUGUUCCAGCUGCUGCUGGCCACGCUCAUCGUGUACAGCGGCGGCCACACGGGCAACUCGAGCGCGGGCGCGGCGGGCAGCGGCGCGGGCGCCAUGGGCGUGUCGCUGUCCACGCCCAGCGUCACCACGUCCGAGUGCGUGCACCGCCUGGUGUGCGACCUGCUGGUGCGCUCCUUCGACUUCUCGGUCGUGCCCAGCAUCAACGAGACGCUGGCGGCCAAGAACAUGUCGCUCUACGUCAAGGUGUCGCUGGUCAUGGUGGUGUGUCGCCUGCCGCAGCAGGAGGCGUUGCAGUUCCUGCCCGACGCCGUGGCGCUGGCCAACAAGAACCUCCGCGCGGCGGACUACUAUAUGAAGCAGUGCCUUAUUGAGAGCGUGGCCCACGCGCUGGAGGGGGACUCGAGGAGACUCGUGCCGUUCCACGCGGAGGCGCUCAAGAUCGUCAACAAGAGCUUCCAGGACAAGGCGCCCGAGGUGCGCAUCGCUGCGGCGAGGCUGCUGCAGGUGGUGACAGAGCGGACUUUGGCGUCGACGGCGGCGUCAGCAGGUUCGGGGGCUGGAUCGGGAGGAAGUCAAGGAGGCGGGAGUGGCAAUGGCAGUGGAAGUGGAGGAGCUGGUGCCAGUGGCAGUGGGUCAGCUGCUGGAGCGGGCGCUGGAGGCAGCCACGCGAGCGCGCAGGGUGUUUCUCUGGAUGCCAUUCUGCAGAUUACAGCCAAGGGAAUGGACGACGUCGCUCCCGAAGCCAGGAGGGCGUACUCGGUGGUGGUUGGUACGGUGCUCGCGAAAUACGCCACGUCGUCGUCGGGGGAGAGCGAGAUGCAGCAGGGUGAGAGCAAUGGGGCGGGUGCAGCAUCUUCUAGAAAUGAGGAGGAUGCCGGUGGACGAUCUUCAAGUGAACACGACACGCCUCCAUCCAGUGGUAGCGGGAAGUCCAAGACGGGAUUCAAACUGCACGUUCCUGGAAUGACGGGGCUAAACCUACCGGCGCUUUCUCGUCGAAAAGCGGCCACAGUGAAUUUCUCGACCAUCGCAAAUGUGGUUCUCUACUUCAAGGACAUGGUGACCAGCAAGUAUCUGUCCAGCAACCCGAAUCAGAUCCAUGGAGGCAUUCUUGCUUCGUUCUCCAUCGCGCUGUGCAGCAUGUUCGAGCGUCUGCCGCCCGACUCGAUCGCUGAGUCGCAACUUCGUGAAGUCCUGGAUGCGAUACUUGCUAUCUUGGACCACCCUUUCGCUCUUGGAGAUCUGACUCGAGCGCGCAACGCUGUGGGCUUUGUGCUGCGCUAUGGAUUGAACGGAUGCCUCACAGAGCGUCAACAGGAGGUUCUGCUGGGCGCCUACUUGCAGAAACUAAAAGAUGAGGCGCAGGCAGCGGAUCCGAACCACCACAAGAUUUUGACAGCAUUGGUGGAACUGAGUCACCUCUUCCACUCCAUGGGGGAAGCCUCUGUGAGUCAUGCGCGCGGUGCCAGCGACAUAUUCCAAGAGCUGGUUUGUCACGAGAAGCAGAGUGUUCGAUUCCAGGCUGCUGUUGCUCUGGCUUCGCUUGUCACUGCAAUUCCAUACCGACUCAAGAGCGUGCUGACCAGCUGCCUUCAGGGCCUACGGGAUACCGCCGAGUAUCUGAUGCGCGGAGGCUCUGAUGUCGAAGAAGCGAGAAAUCCAGAACCUACUGAGAAGACUGACGAUGGCCAAGAUGACGGCAAUGAUAUGCAAAGCAAGACCCAUUUGUACGCGAUUCAGGGCAGAUCCGCUGCUAUUGCCCAUAUUCUCCGAGCCAUAAAGCUUGACGACAAGGGAGGUUUGUCCCAAGCGAUCAUGGACGACAUCUAUUCCAUUUCCGAGGAGCUCGUUGAAAGUCAGUUCCUCAGUGAGUGUGCGGACAGCAUUUGGCUCACCUGCACACGCGCUGGUUGGACGCUGGUGGGAAGUCUCGUGGCUAUGAACGACGAACUGUGGAUAAAGGCCAACUUGGAGAAGCUCCUGAACCUGUGGCUCAAAUCCAGUGUGCUUCACAGUCGCGAAUCAUCUCUCGAGCUCCUGCGCAUCGAAGCUGCCGUGAUUGCGCUUAGCAGCUUCCUGGCCUAUUGCCAGGGUGUCGCCGUUGAUCCUGAUAACGAUGUCAACCUUCUCGCAAGCCACAUAUUGCACGUGUACUUGACGGCAACACAAGACACUCUGAGUAAUCCUCUCAAGCGGCGUGGCCAAAUUGCGCGGUAUCGCCUAAUGGGGUGGAUCAUCAACUGUUUCUCGAUGCUCCCGCCAAUUUACAGCGACUCGUACAUCGUGCUAUUGGAUUUAAUCGCAGAGUUUACCACUGCACAGGCGCUGACGAACCUCCGGCAUUCCUCAUUAGUGCCGGCUAAGUCCACGUACCUGCAAAGUGUGCUUUCAUCAGAGGACGACACGCUUGACAUUGUGACCCUUUCGCGCUUGGAGCCAGGGGACCGCCCUUCUCCACUCUAUUCCAGGGAGCUAAAUCACGUGCUGGGAUUGCAGCAACGGGAAAAUGCUUUGACGGAUACUGAAAUCGAGGUGCAGUACCUCGAUACGUUUUGGAGAUCGAUCACUGAGAAGGAAGUUGUGGAUGGUGGGGCGAAACGUGCAAGCUGCAGCCCAUUCACUUACGUUCGCCUUGUGGAUACGAGCGUUCUUUUGUUUGGUCGGCUGUUCCAUAACAUCCCAGAAGACCUACAGCUUCGGUGUCUGCAACAUUACGCAGGCGUGCUAACUGACGUGCGCGCGGACUGCGAAGUCAAUGUGUGUUCCCUGUUGUUUGCUGUGAUCGCAGAGGCCAGGCGUCUCGACAAAUCUGGUGCCGCGCUAACUUCAACGGCAUCGCUCUCUGCUACGUCGUGGCCUCUUCAAAUGCAGACUAUGCUUUGUGAAAUGAUUUCAAGUGAAAACGCGGAGGUCCGUCGCGGUGCCGGUGAAGCGCUCGGAACGCUGGCAUUGCUGCUUGGCGAAGAUCAUUGCAAGGGGUUGAUUAUCGAGUUGGAAAAGCGCUUGGUAGUGGAUAAGCUUCCACAGGGGGCUUCAAACGCUACCUACGGCUCCAACGCUGACCUGGACGUAUCGACAUUGUCAGCCGGCGCAGCUUUUGCAUUGACCUGCAUGAAGCGCGUGUGCGGGUCUCGCAUCUCUAUCGACACAGGACUUAUCUUUCGGUUUGCUGGGGAGUGCUCGCAACCGUUGCGCACGUGGAUUUUGCAUUCGUGGAGCAUUAUUUUGGAGUCUGUCAAUUCCACUGGAGGCGAUUACGAACACUUUGUGAACUCGACCCUUUCUCUCAUGGAAGCCCAUGUAUUGGCUGGGUUUGUUUAUUCUAAAGCCAACAAGCGAGGUCUGCGCUGGCAAAUCAGCACAAAGGUUGCGCUUGGACGAAUUAUUAACGAUGUGGUGGCCACGCUCGGCCCUGAGCUGGGUGGCCCGAGUGAUCGUUUGAACGAAUUUUACUCGUACUGGAUGCUUCUUCGCCAGGAUGGUGAUGCACGCGUCGAGUUGGAGUUUUUGAGAUUCCUGGAGCAAGUGGUCGUGUUUGCGCCCUUCCGGUUCCAGUCUGCUGAUUUGAGGUAUAUUCUGCGCAUCAUUUCUGACACUGCCUUAUUAAACUCGGCAGUGUCGUUGUCCUUGGCAUCGCCACAGAGCUCUGGGACGGCAGUUUUGUCGCCCCCAUCAAGUUCCGGUCCUUCGAUGGGGACUUUGGGGGCCUACGGAGAGCCAUUCGAGCAAAUCGGUCUCGUUAACGUGGGCGUCUUCACGAAUGGGUGGAGUCGCAGCAUCUUGCAAAAUGUCGGACUGUCUUGCAUCCGUACGCUGGUGGAAAGGGACCCGACAUUGAUUCGCCGUCAGAACCUGUUUUGUCUUCUCUUUUCGGCACUCCACGUCGAAUACAAUGAGUUGAUGUGGAGUUAUUUGCCCGGAUUGCAUGGAAUGUGGGACGUGCUAUCCUUCACUGUUGCCGACUCUGCUAUCAUGCAACGGAAUGGUAUUAGCGCUCUCCAAAUCACAGCACUGGCGCUUCUUGAGGUAGAAGGCAGGGAUCACGAAGGUGCUGAGCCGUGUCUGUGGGCUCUAUUGUGUCGCAGUAUUGCCAUUGGUGAGUCUGCAAGCACCUUUGCGGGAGCUAAUGCAGAGCAGCUGAUGAUGAGUCCGAAGGGCAUGAAUCCUGGUAUUCAGGCAACCGGAAACGACGAGGCUUCAGGAGAUGAUGAUACAUCGUCAUGGUCACCAAACCCAACUCUGGAUUUACCCAAGGCAGACGCCAACUCGCUUGCGUCUGCUGCUGUUGCUGCUCAAGUGGAUACGUGGCGAGCAACGAAGGCAAGUGUUGGUGAACUCAUUGCGUUGAUGCCUCCGCUUUCGAGGCAAGUACGCCACUUCGCUGUGGAAUGUGUGCUGCGAGUAUUCGAGCUCAUGGCGGUAGUGCAGCCUAUGACCACCGGCGUACCCCAAACAAAGCAGUUCCAUUUUGAUCUUGUCGCGGCACGUCGCUACUUCUUCGAGAUGCUUUCUGCUGGAGCAGCCUCGCCAAUCUCCACCGAGUCCAACAUAGGAAACUUCCUGUGUAUGUAUCUGGACGAGUUCGUCACUCUCGCAUGCCACGUCACCACAACAUCGGCCGAAGGCGAUGAGCUUCUUAUGUUCCAGUGCGUGGGGCUUCGACUGCUCAACGUGCUAGUGAAGAACUUUGCGUCCGCUCGCGACCCAGAAGUCGCUACGGGCGAUGCGUACUUGUUGGACCCGUACCGUGCCCAGCUUUCGUCUGCCAUUCGCCAUGCGUUAAAGCAAGUUCAAGUUGAGUCUUCACUGCUGGCCCAGACUACAGAAAGUGACAAGGGCGAAGAAACCUAUUUCUACGCUCCACUUCUUCUCGAAGCGCAUGGCAUUGCUGGCGCUUGCGUCUCAGCUCACCUUAUUCAAGACAAGGUGGGGCUGGGGCGUAUUCUGAGAGCGGUGGUGACACCUGACUACGGCCACGCGCAUUUCAUUGGAGAUGAACUCACCCGUACGUCACUAUCGCUCGCUAACCUGGCAUCUGUGGCGGAGCUUUUGACUUCAAGUGUGACGGAAGCAAUUGCUCAAAAGGAUGCGCGAGAUGAUGAACGCAGAGCUGUAGCGGUAUCCCCGCUCGUGAAAGCGAUGACCAACGGGUUGUCGGGCACCACUGAGUACUUGUUCAAGUGCUGGAUAGAUACAACGUUUGCGUACGGCGUUGUGAUGCAAGGCUCUGCUCAGUGGGCCCAACUGAACUCCCCUUCAACUGCAGCAUUGCUGACUGGCGAGCCCAUGGUCAUGCCCGCCUUACAACUACCCCUUCCACCAGUCGGACCUGCAGCCACUGCUUCGCCAGCUGCUCUGUCAGCCUCAAAAGCUCUGCGUGCGCUGCACAAACGAUACUGGCCGAAGAUUGUCAAUGCGAUGGCGACGCUGGAAGUCUACUUCCCGAAAUCAGUCUCAUUGUUCAACACAUCAGAGGGCAGUAUCCCUAAGUGGUCGUCGGUGCUGCUGUCAAGCGCGAUAUUCCAUGUAAACAUGAACGCUCGCGACCGAAUGGAGGACGACACAGAGUUACCGGCGGUUCUUCGUAGUAUUCCGUUGAUACUGAAGGCCUUGGUGGAGAACCCGUUCAAGCAAGAUGGAGCCUCGUCCAGUAAUUUCCCCGUGCUCCUUACAACUGCACUGAAUGCGCUGAUGCUGGCGAGUAAGCGAUGCACAGGCCCAUCACAAGUGGAAGCUCUGAAGUCAAUCUUCUUGUGUCUAUCGCGUGAGAACCUGGCAUUUGCCCGGGAGAUCUGCCGCUCCGCGGAGAAUGGGGACCAGCGCUGUGCUGCGUUAUUUGAUGUCGUCGCACAGGCGGGGUUGUGCCCAACUGAGGUGGUGUGUAGUCUGUGUGACGCGAGCGAACAGACUCGACACGCGAGAGCAGUAAGUAUCGGAAGCAGAGCGACAGGAUCCCGCCGCAGCUCCAUCGCGACAGAAGAGGAUUCAAAGCACAUGACUGAGGUGGCCAAGUUCGCGACAACAGGCAUUGUACUUCUACACACUACCGAAGAAGCUCGAAGCGGGGUGGUGCGCUCAGUCGCUCUGGUACAACAGGCCAUCUGCUCUGUAGCUAGCAGCUACCAUUCCUCGUCCGUGAAGGAGGCCGUUGUGACGCUCAGUCGAGCUUCAACCGAGUCGGUGUUUGCGCUGGCACGCACACUUGAAACCAACAGCGGCUCGGGUGACGGCGUGUUAACCCGGAUCAAGUCAAGCGUGCGCGGUUCCUUGGAAUUCCUAUCCGAGUGGCUCAAGGUGGACAUUCACAGUGCGCCAGGUUUUGCGAUGCAGAUCGCCGCGAAUUUCGCUGCGAGUUUCCCCGCUUGCCUCCAAGACGACACAGAACGCUUCCAUGCUGAUGUAGCAGAAACAACCUCGGCGGUGCUGGGAACUACGCAUGGAGCUGAAGUUGAUGAAGCUAAGAAGCAACAGCUAGCAACUGCCAUGACGGAACUUUUGCGGGGUUUACAUGCAGUUGUGAAGAAGCUCGUGGACAUGCACCAAACCUCCAUUGCGAACCGAUACCUGGUAGCGCUUGGCCCCUCUCUCGUCGAGACCGUUGCUGAAGCAAAUGGCUACCCAGAGACCGCUGCGGAGCUCGCUGAGCUGGAUGAAGCGGAAGGACUCCUUCGUCUACUGACGAUGCAGCUGAACGACCAGCAUGGCGCUGCGUUCGUGCACAUGCUACUGCCAAGACUCGCAGUAGUGCUGAGUAAUCCGCCGCCAUCAGCUGCCGACAACGUGAUCCCAGCACAAGUCCCAGGCAUUGUAGCGCGACUGCUCUUAUGUUUCGCGCAGACUCAUGCUGCAGCGUUUAAGGAGGCUGUGGCGGCCAUGGCACCCACGUUGCGGGGUGUGCUGGAGACUGCGCUUCGUCUUGCUCUCACUGGCUCAGCGCCUGCGGCUGGAGCUCGUGCUCCGUCAUCGUUUUCGCAGGGCGGUGGCCCCGCAGCUACCAAGCUUGACUUGAGUCGAUACGCGUAA